CGUCACUGCCUCGCAGAGCAGAGAAGAGCGAGCUGGGGAGAGCGAGACCAGUUUGAAGGGGAGGGCAGGCAGAGUCAGCAGCCCCCGAGGCGCUCUCUCCCACUGCCCAUCCCUUUCCUCUCUUCUCCUCCUGCUUCUCUCUCUGCCCUUAACUCUUCCCCGAAAACUCCCUAUUUAGCCAAAGGAAGGAGGUAAGGGGAACACUCUCCCCUCCCCCCUCCAAAAAAAUAAAACAAAACUUUUCCAGUCCGGAGAAAGCAGGGGAACGAGUGGGCACCGGGCUGGCCAUGGAGCUGCUGUGCUGCGAGGUGGACCCGGUCCGCAGGGCUGUGCCGGACGCCAACCUGCUCUACGACGACCGCGUUUUGCAGAAUUUGCUCACCAUCGAGGAGCGCUACCUUCCCCAGUGCUCCUACUUCAAAUGCGUGCAGAAGGACAUCCAGCCCUAUAUGCGCAGGAUGGUGGCCACCUGGAUGCUGGAGGUCUGUGAGGAGCAGAAGUGUGAAGAGGAAGUCUUCCCUUUGGCCAUGAAUUACCUGGACCGCUUCUUGGCAGGGGUCCCGACUCCUAAGACCCAUCUGCAGCUUCUGGGUGCUGUCUGCAUGUUCCUAGCCUCCAAGCUCAAGGAGACCAUUCCCCUGACGGCAGAAAAGUUGUGCAUUUACACCGACAACUCCAUCAAGCCUCAGGAGCUGCUGGAGUGGGAGCUGGUGGUGCUGGGGAAGUUGAAGUGGAACCUGGCAGCCGUCACCCCUCACGACUUCAUCGAGCACAUCCUCCGCAAGCUGCCCCAGCCGAAUGACAAGUUGCCUUUGAUCCGCAAGCACGCACAGACCUUCAUUGCUCUGUGUGCCACUGACUUUAAGUUCGCCAUGUACCCGCCAUCGAUGAUCGCAACUGGAAGUGUGGGAGCUGCCAUCUGUGGGCUCCAGCAGGAUGAGGAUGUGAGCUCGCUGACUGGUGAUGCCCUGGUAGACCUGCUGGCCAAGAUCACCAACACAGACGUGGAUUGCCUCAAAGCCUGCCAGGAGCAGAUUGAGGUGGUGCUGCUCAACAGUCUGCAGCAGUUCCGUCAGGACCAGGGGGAUGGAUCCAAGUCGGAGGAUGAACUGGACCAAGCCAGCACCCCUACAGACGUGCGGGAUAUUGACCUGUGAGGAUGUCAGUCGGGCCGAACGGGAGAGACAUGUUCAAAUCUUCUCUCUCCUUCUCUCUGAUUGUGUUUUGUUCUUUAUGUUUUAGGAUGAAACUUAAAAAAAAAAAAAAAAAUUCUGCCCCCGCCUAGAUCGUAUUGAAAGAUCUUUUAGAAGUGAGAGAAAACGGUCCUAUAAAAAUGGAAUAAUUAAAAGCAUUUGGUGCCUAUUUCAAGUACAACAGAAGGGAAUCCCUUGUAUAUGCGAACAGUUAUUGUUUGAUUAUGUUAAAAGUAAUAGUAAAACGCUUACAGGAAAACCUGCAGAGUAGCUAGAGAAAAUGUACGCCUGCAACAUGGGAACAAAUUAGAGGAGGCUUUUUUUUUCAUGUUAUGAACUAGCACAUAUACACCCCUUUUAGUAUAAUUUCAAAGAAGUGCGUAUGCCACUUAUGGCAUGAUUAGAUUGCAAAGCAAUGAACUCAAGAAGGAAUUAGAAAUAAGGAAGGACGUGAUGGGGUGGGAGUCCAAUCUCUCAACGUGACCGAACCAUUUUGGAUGUAGAAACACCUUUGCUCUCGGACACCUGUUUGUUGCUAAGUCAGGAGCAUUGCUGGGUCUCUCGUUAGAAACUCUUGCUGUCUACAGUAGCUGCUACCUAGAAAGGAUGUUUAAUUUUGCCAGUUGGACACAGGUGAUUGGAUCCUGGGCUUCGCGGUUUUGACAUCUUGCUUCUUCUUCCAAACAUGGUUCAUUGCAGACACCACUGUAUUCUUAUCUAAACGGGCAAUCUAGCUAUGGGCCAUAACCAAAACUCAGACGAAAUGGAGGCAGAUGGAGAUCAAGGGUGGGAUGUGGAGUGGAAUCUUUUCUCUUGAUGUAUUAAAGACAGUAAUGUGACCUUGGCAUCCCUUAUUAGGAAAAAACUAAUUUUUGGUGCUGAUUGGCAUGUCUGGUCCACAGAGUAGCAUUGUUAUAAACCAUUCCAUUCGAAAAGCACUUUGAAACAUUGUUCCCGAGGGAUAGAUGGGAUGGUUUAUGCAAAUCGUGCUGAAGAGACUCCUCCCCUUUUUCUCCUCUGCCCCUUUCCCUCCUGACCCCGGUCGGGUAACUGUUCACUUCUGGUAUCUGACGUUCUUUGGUACACAGUUCUGGUAUCCCUGCCGGGACUCGAGAGACACCCCUUUCCGCUGACAUUCCCAUCACAACAUUCCUCAGAAAAGCCUAAAAACAAAGAUCUGUUACCAAUUUGAUGGCACAGAAGGAUCUUAAUUCCCACCCAUAUACUUCUUCUCUGGACAUGGAAAGAAAAGUUAUUGCUGGGCAAAGACGGACAGCUGAGCAUCACAGUGCCGCUUUUGUUCCCUUUUCCGUUUUUUGUUAAUUUCAUUGCAAAGUUGUAUUCAGCGUACUUGAAUUUUUUCCUUUCCACUUCUUAGAUGCAUUCAGUUAGCAAAGAGGUUGGAGCAACAAUUUUUUUUUUUGCACAAUUAUUAAUUGACAGGUAAUGAAGCUAUUAAAAUAUUUGCCUUUUUUAAGUAAAAAAGAAAAAUCAGAACAGGGCUACCUUGAAGAAUUAUUUUAUACACAGAUUCUGCCUUGUUUCGUAGUAUGAGGGUUGAGGAUGGAGAAAAAUCUAAGGGUCUCUUAUUUUUCAUUUUAUUGUGUUCAGUUUUUAUUAUUAUUUUUUUUUUUUUUGCGCUGCUAAGAAGCUAAGAUCAUUCAUCCUUAUUCACGUUAACAGAACCUAGCUGUAAGGUUUCACAGAGUGUGCUGCUAUUUUAUAAACAUUUUUAUAAUAUAUUAUUUUACUGCUUAAAUUCCAAGUCCUGAAGUAGAUGGUUGAGAUAUGAGUUCUUCGUACUGGAAAAGCCCUUCCGUAGUUUGUUUUCUUCUGGUAGCAUAUUCAUGGGUUUUUUUUUUUUUUUUUUCCUCUCUGAUCACAUUCUUCAAAGACAGAGUAUUCUUUACCUCAGGUUUACUGGACAAAAUCAAUAGCGACAAAAGACAAUGAUUCACAGUUUUGUUUUCAUAAUACCUCACAACCGUACAGUUUCUGCUUGGGAGCCCAUUAGUGUGGAGAAAGGGGCGGGAGGGGGCUGCGUGCCCCUCUCAGGUGGAAGGAGGGGUGAGUGUCCCCAGGGUCUCACACCCAGGGACCUGGUCAGUCAUGAAGGUCAUCGGGCUUCCGUUUUGACUCCGGUAUCCUCAUCAUGAUGGAAAAAAUACAAUUGAACCAAGGGAUUUCCCCUCCCCCCCCCCCCCCCCCCCCCCCCCCCCCCCCCCAAGGCAGACCUUCAGCACAAACACUGACACAAUUUGCACUUAGGUCCCAGGUAUCAGGAGACAGACGAAAAAGAAUUCCAGCAGGCUAUUUGGAAAUCCUCACCUGGAGGCCCUUUCUAAAGCAGGCCUUUCAUCUGCUUAGGGUCCUUUCAUCUUGAAAGUUUCGCCAUUCUCUUUUCCCUUCCCUGACAUGGGCAUCCCCAGGUUAGGAUCAUCUCAGAGGUUUUCUAAGUCUGAAUCUGGGUACGUGAAUCUGUGGCAGGCAGUGUUGCGGAGGUUCCUUCUCCCACCAGUCUCGGACUGCCAACAGGCAAGCACUAUGCGAGGCCAGGUCCUCUGCUGAGGGUCACUCAGUGGUUUUCGGGUUUUAAAUCGCAUUGAUUUGGCAUGAUUGGAAAAAAUAGGCCAGAUGAGUAUUGGGUUGUUCGUGGAAGGGAGGUGGAAAGGCUGCUUCUCUACAGAGAUGCAAUUCUAGAUGAGUCAGUCUCUCUUGGAGUGUGUUUAGAAGGGUUCAGGAUUUGGUGAGUUAGCAUGACCCUAAAAUUCUAGGGAGUUUCUGGUGGGGCAGUGGGUGGUGAAUUCCGAAGUUUUGGAGAGGAAAGCUGAGCAGCCAGUGUUUUCUCAAGAGCCCACUUUGCACAGGACUCUCUUCUGGGCCCUGAGGAGUCCCACAGAAUGGAAAAAGGCAUGGUCUCCAGAGUUCUUGGGAGUCUUGGAGCCUAAAGAGAAAACAUGGUGCAGAUUCAUUUAACAGUGAGCCUCUAAGCUCAAACUGAAGCAGCAAAUGAGAGAACCUGACAAAUAAGGAAGGGAACAGGCCUACAGACUCUCCCUGCAUCUGUAACUUUCCACUUUUCCUGGAGCCCUGGGUACCACUGGGGCCUUCUAGCUGCUUCUCCUUCCCGGGGCUUAGAGUGAUAGAAGGUGUGGGGUUGAUGAUGGGGAAGGUGCUAGAUUGGCUUUUCUUGUUGCUCCCUCCUUAAACAAAAGAAGGAACCCUGGAUUUGUUAAAGUGGCUAAUACCCUCUUGAUCUUGGAUCUUGGUUUCCUUGUAGGAAUUUCUGUCCCAGGGGAGUUCAAUUCUCCCCAUGGAUUUUUUUUUUCUCUUUCUCAUCUCCAUCUAAAGGGGGUUCCAAACCUAUUCUGGUCUUUUUUUUUUUACCUUGUUGUCUUUCUGUUUCUUCUUUACUUCCUCCUCUCUGUGGUUUUUUCCUUCUUUUAUUUCUCCAUCAGUGGGGGCUAAGUUGUUUCCCUAGCCUGCCAAAUUUUGUUUGUUCCCCUAUUUUGGCCAAAUCCUAGGGGGGAAAAUCCUAGUAUGCCAAAAAUAUAUGCUAAGCAUAAUUCAGUCCGUGCGGGUUCCUAACAGUCAUGCAGCCUGCAGGUGGACGCAGGGGACAGAUCCCUCGGCAGAAUGUCUCCCCUGUGCUGAGAGGAGAGCUCCUCUGAGAAGGGGCUUCUCUUAGAGGACGCUUUAUUCUGGAACUGCCCCAGGACCCCACUGAAGAGCUCACCAUCUCUUACAGCCAGACCCCUGUGAUUGCUGUGCAAGAGGCUCUCUCCUGCCUCUUUUAGCCCCCAGGUCAGGGGCCCACGCGGCCCGGAGAGGCAGCCCCAACCGCGGCACACCGCGAUGCUCUGCUAGCAGAGCGGGCUGCUCUUCAGAGGCAGCCGUAGCUUUCCCGUGGCCCGGCGCCUGUGGGGCCCUUCCAGCCCACCCUGGGAGCUCUGGAACCCACAGGUUAAGCAUGUUAGGCAGGAUUGAGUGACUUUCUCAAAGAGGGCAGAGGAAUUUUCUCUCCUUGGGUCACAGGGGGCAGGGAUGGGAGAAGAAAUAGACUUGCACCUUAUAUCCUGUAAAUAAUGAUUUUCUAGUUCAAGAUAAUAUUGGUAGUGUGGGAAUGGGACGUAGGAAUGGGAGGAGGGCUGAGUAAGCCAGUUGGCUUCUAAGCCAAAAGGAGUCCUCUUUGUUUAUCUUUGAGACAGUCCAACCCUGAGCAUAGCUUUAAAAGGGAAAUUAGUGCUGAGACGGUGAAGUCCCCUAAGCCAGCGUACUCCGGAGCUGUGGUGGGUGCAGGCUUCUGUCGGUGCGGGCUCCGGGCAGCUGUCAAGAGCUGCUCAGGCUGUCGUCAGUUUGUACAAAAUAGGGCAGGAAGAUUCAAGAGGAUGUUUAUGACUUCCUCAUACCAUGUGGCUUUUCACGAUUCUGGAUUCUGAACAACCCAGAACGGUCAUUUCAGCCAGAACUGUUCUCCUACAUUUGUGUGUCUCUGCUUUUAGACUUGGCUGGGCAGUCAGACCCGAUUCUUGGCUCAGGUUUCAAGAAGCCAUCAGCAAAUGGACACAUGCAUGCUGGAGCUGCGGCAUUUACUCCUUUGCCUGCAGCCCACUUUGGGGAAAAAAGUGCCUUACUGACUGUAGCCAUUACAGUAUCCAAUGUAUUUUGACAGGUGCCUGUCCUUAAAAAAAUUUUUUUGUUUUUUAUUUUUAAUUGGUUUUAGUUCUCACUGGCCAACUCUUAAAUCCCCAGCAAAUCACUGGGCCAUUGGAUUUUUUCCAUUAUGUUCAUUACCCUUGUACCAUGUACCUCAGAUCUCUCUCUCUCAGUUACAGUUUCUCAUCUUGGACUUCUUUUAUUAUUAUUAUAAUUUUUUUUUUUUUUUGCUUUAAAACAAGUGUGAUGCCAUAUCGAGUCAAUGUUAUUCUCUCACAAUGUACUCUAUAAGAGGUGUGGGUGUUUAUUUGGUCGGGAUGCUAGCAAGUGCUAAAGUAGCAUGAUCAGUAUAAACAAAAGGUUUUUAGGAAGUAUGGAAAAAAUGUUUUAUUGGCUAUGAUGGUGACAUGGUAUAGUCAGCUACCUUUUAAGAGGUCCUAUCUGUUCAGUGUUAAGUGAUUUAAAAAAAAUAAUAACCUGUUAUUCUGACUAGCUUAAAGAUGGAUUUGAAAAUGGUUUUGGAUGCAAUUAGGUUAUGCUAUUUGGACAAUAAACUCACCUUGACCUAAA